UCCUUCCUCCGACCACCGCUUGAAAAGAUAAGAUGGAGGCGCCCACCGGAAGUGUCGGUCUCCAUGGCGACCGCGGCAGGAAAGACGCGUUGCCAAAGCGACGGGGGCCUCAAAAUGGAGGACGGCACUUUAGAGACGGAGACGGAGGACGACGACGACGACAAGGACGACGACGAUGACUACGACGAUGAGGAUGAUGAAUACGAGGAGGAGGAGGAGCAGGAGGAGGAAGGCGGGGAAGGGGAAGGGCCGCGGCGGCCCAAGCGCUCCGCCACCCGAAGCCGAAGCGGCGCCAAGCUCCACCGAGGACUCUCCGCCGAAUCCAGAUCCGAAGCCUCGGAGGUGAGACUCAGGGCCUCCUUGGAGCCCUCCGCCGCCGCCUCCUCCUCCGCCACUGGGCCGCCCCACUUGGCCUGGAGCCCCGAAGAGGUGGCCGCCUGGGUCGAAGCCCUGGGCUUCCCUCAGUACAAGCAGGAGUGCUUCACUGAGAAUUUCAUUUCUGGACGCAAACUCAUCCAUGUGAACUGUUCAAACCUGCCACAGAUUGGGAUAACAGACUUUGAACAUAUGAAGGAGAUUUCAAGGCAUGUGCGAGAAUUGCUGAAAAUAGAGGAGCCCCUUUUUGUCAGAAGCAUCGCUCUCCCACCAAGAGAUAAUAUGGGUUUGUUUCUAGAGCAAAAAUCUCGAACUGGAACACGAAGUGAUGCCCUUACCUAUCCUCAGUUUAUUCAAGAUGCAGGGUUACGUGAUUAUGAGCCAAAGUUUCCAACUCCGCAGCCUUCAGCAUCACAGUAUGAAGGCUCAGAGCAUGAAAGUCCGUGGGCAUCUAGUUCUUUUCUCUACAAAUAAAAAGAUUUACAUUGUUUUCACAAGUGUGCCAGAUCUUGCCCUUUAAAUUUCAUAUGGUUCCCUCUCGCUGCACAGUCAGUGGAACAAGAGUCAUUAUUAUCUAGUGAUGUCUUUCAAAUAGAUAAGAUGUUCUACCAUUUGUGGAAGCUUGUUUUUUAUCUUUGUUUUAUCUUUAUAUCUACUCUUUCCCCCAAGAUUGAACCUUAAUUUGAUUCUAUUUUUGCAAGACGUUUUAUGAGUCAUUAUGGUUUAUUAGGUUAGAUCAGUGAUGGAGGGCCACCUGGAAAUGGGUUGAUGGUGUUAGAUGUGUGGUUGCAUCCCAGGUCAUUGGCCCACUGGCCAAAAUGCUAAUUGGCACUCUAGCCAGGGAUUUGGCUUUGCUGCUCUUGAGUCUUCCCCAGUACAAGACGUUCAAAGCAUCUGCACCUGGAUGAUGUAUCUGCUGAUUGAGCAUAUAUUAGGAUUUGCGCAUUAUUCAGUAUUGUGGUAGGGAGGGCAUAUUAAUGGAGACUUCACUGUUAUCAUCAACAAAUGAUUACAAAUAAUACCUGGUAUUCCUGUCCCUGCUAGAUUCUAGGGGGUAGGGCUAGGGGAGAGAGCAGACUGGAGCUGCAGCCACUGCUGGCCAAAAUUGGCUUGGCAGUUAGAGAUUUUCUCCACUUGAGGUAGAUGUUAUUCAUUCUUUUUGUUUCAAUAAUACUAAUGGUUGUUCAGCUACUCAGACACCAAUUCAUUUCUGCUGACUUACCUUUGGACAUAAUCCCCUGACUUUAAGAAGCAAUUGCAAUGAAAAUAGAUGAAACAGAGACACGUUUUUGUUGUUGUUAAAUGACUAUUACAGUCCUAAAACAACAGACAGAACAAUCAUGCAUUUACUCUGUCAGUGCAGAAUAAGAUCAUAUCUACAGAAGAGAUCAUCCUUAUUGGAGUUCACCCUAAUAUCUCCUUGUUGCCCCCAUAUAAAGGCUCAAAGAGUGGCUAACAAAGUAUGCUGAUGUCUAAGAUAGUAUGCCAUGAAAACUCAGAUUUGAAUUUCACAUCAUCCAUGAAUUCUCUGAGUAGUGUUAGGCAAGCCACUUUAUCUAUAGCAUUGCCAAAAUAAAACAGGGAUAUUCUAAGGAUUAUUAAGGUUCCAUAUGUGAAGUGUUCGAUCCAUGCCAAAUAUUAUAUCAAAAACUAUUAAGUAUUCAACAAGGAAGAGAGCAGCCAUUUUUGUUACAAUAUAAAAUAUUUCAUAAUAGAUAAUUUCUGGAUAAACAGAUGCUAUGUGCAGCAGAAUACAAACAAACAAAAGGAUCCUUCUGCCUCAAGUCCAUUGCUUAACACAUUUGCUGUUCCCUUCUGAGAAACGUGCCCUGCACUUUGGGGAUGAAUCUUACCUGCUGCUUGCAGUGAAUGGCACCAGCAAGUCAGUCACUAUUAAUGUAAAAGGUUCAAGUCAAGUUGAGUCAGUGUGUCAUUUUUGUCGAAUCAAGUCAGCUCAUUGAAGUGAAUUGAGUUUGAUUUAAAUCCAACUCAGUUGACUUGAAUCUACAUCGCUGCUAUUUACAGACUUCCAGUUCUGUUCUUUGCUCUUGGGAACUUCACCUUAAUCCUAUAAUUGUCCCAUGAUACAUUUUGGCCUUUAGGUAAACCUGCUCAGCCACUACCAAUUUGUUCUUGUUUUGAGGUCAAAUAGACACUCUGUAUCAUCGCUUCUCAGCCUUUUGGCUGGGAAAGCUUUCUCUAAAGUAUCUUGCCUGAUUCCUGAGCCAUUUCACUUUACAGAACACACCAACUGGAACUUCUGCUUCUGGAAUCAGGUACAGUAUCAACCUUUGUAGUCCCCAAAAAACACUUCUACCCCCUUUUAUAUUGCUAGUUCUUGUAUGUGCAUGUUUGUGUGAAAGUUAUUUCCUUUAAAUAAAAUUAUAUUUGGAUCUUG